CUAGUAUAGUUUGACCGGUCAAGUAAUUUACACCAUCAUUUUUGGCGCCAUCCGUGGGACCGUUAAGGUUUCUUCUCUUCUAAACACAAACUUACCCACAAAAACACCACUCAAAAUGUCUUCCUGCUAGCAAAUCAACGCUACCUCUGCUCAGGUGCAAGCCACCACUGAGGGUACCAGCAUCCCCAUGGUUGCUACCCUGCCAGCCGUUUCAACUCCGGUUUUGCCGUUGGGACUAAGCUCGGUCCCAACACCCAGCAUGGUAAGCCCAUUCACGGCCCCCGUCCCUUCCGCUGGACCGAGGGUCAGUUUCCCACCAAGCAUGACUCAAUUCAUGAAUGACCCAGCUAACCUGCAGGCCAUCCAGGGCUUUGGCCAGGUCAUGGCUAUGUGCCAACAAAAUGGGGGGAUGCCUUUCAUCCCUGGUAUGUUCCCGUUCGCUCUUCCGGGCACGGGAACCAUGCCCCUACAAGCCCCGAUGGCGGUGACGCCGUUUCAGACGCCAAUUCCGCAACCAUCACCUUUCCAGCCGCAGCUGGUCAGCACCAUGGCACCUGUCAACUUGACUGGUGCGCUCAACGCCGCAGGGCCAUCGCGUCCCCCACAAGGUACGAAUCCGUUAAUCACUCCGGAUGGACACUGCGUCUCGGUUGAAAGCGGAGACGACGAGUGGGACAUUCCGAGGGCCCACAAGAAGAAGAAGGGAAAAACCAUCCGACCCGCCACCUCCCGAAACUCCGCCUUCGAAAGGCUGGGGGAUAGGGAGGAGGGCCAGAGAAAAUCAGCCAAGCUAAGGCUGGGGCAAAGCGUUGCCCAUGUCAGCGCUUUCGCCCGGUUAGGCGAGAUGAGGGAGGCCGAGCCUGCCCGCACCCAACGCUCCCGGUCAAACCGGAAAGAGCCAGCCAGGACGAGGGCCUCUCGCCAGGAGGAAAAGGCAGAAAGCCAACCCAGGGUACCGGUGGCUAACCGGUUAACCACCCCCAAUGAUCGCGUCCAACAGAUGGAGGCAAAGCUGGAGAGGCUGGAGAAGAAGGUUGGAGAGAAGAAUGACCGGGAUAAACCCCUUGCAGGAUCCCCGUUCACCGCAAGGGUCCAUCUGACACCUUUCCCGCGAAAGGUUAAGAUAGACGCCCCAAGGUUCACCGGUAAGGAGGACCCAGAAAUCCACCUGGACUCCUUCAAUCAGAGUGCAACCAUGAACGGUUGCACAGAUGAAGAAAAGUGCCUCCUUUUCUUCCAGACCUUGCGGAAUCGGGCCACCGAGUGGUUCAACAAGCUUCGCCCGGGAAGCAUUGACUCAUUCAGCGACUUGGCCUCGAAGUUCAAGGCCAAGUUCCAGGAGAACUGUACCAAGAGGAAGAAAUUCACCUAUCUUAGUACAGCCGGGCAGAGGGAAUCUGAGAACCUCACUCAGUUCCUUACCCGGUGGAAGGAGGAGGUAGACAAGGUUGAGGAGAUGGACGACAAGACGGUGUUGUCCCUCCUCCUGAACGGCUUGCGUGCUGGGGAACUUUACAAGGAGUUCUGCCGAAAACCCCCGGCCACGUAUCAGGAGGCCUACCACACUGCAUGGGAGUUUGCUGAGGCUGAAACUCAACUCCGAGCGAAGAAAGAAGCUGAGCAUGGUUAUAAGCCCAAGCCGGUGCAGGUCAAGAAGGAAGAAGCGCCGGGACCCAACCGGCCGAGACAUCACUAUGACCCGGUCGUCCGCGUGGUCAACAGGGAAGAGUGCCAGGAGGUAAGGAAAGCACCGGCUCCUUACCCGGUCAACCCUCCGGAAAAUCCUACCGGUCAAGUAGGACGGCAGUGGUCGGGCACCUAUUGUUCUUACCACAGGUCAGAUUCCCAUAACACCUCCGAAUGCAAGAGUGUUAAGGGAGUCAUCCGGCAGAUGAUAGACAGCGGAGAACUGGGCAAGGAUUAUCUGCAGAAAGCCCAGGAGAAGAACCAUCAAUGGGAGGAGAUUCAGCCGCGCAGCGGAAAAACUGGGUUCGCAGCAUUUACGUUGGUGAGGUGAAUGUCGAACCGGCCCGGCGUAAGUAUC